AUGAUGAAACAGGCGCGGUUGAGAAAUGACUAUAAGCUCCUAUUAUAUUACAUUAGAACAAACUGGGUGAGGAAUUUGGGAAAUAUGGGUGACGCAGAUUUGUACCGUCACUCUUAUGUCGGCACAAAAAAGCUCGUCGAAGAGUAUUUGCAAGAAUGUCGGCUUGCUUUGAAUUAUCUUGUAGAAGAAGGAAGUGCCCAUUUGGACGAUAGAUACUUGUUGGGCAUGUUGAUCCAAACAAGAAAAAAUAUUGGUAGAACCGCUUUGGUCUUGUCUGGUGGCAGUACAUUUGGAAUCUUCCACGUGGGUGUUUUGGCAACUUUAUUCGAAGCAAACUUGCUACCAAGAAUCAUUAGCGGGUCGUCAGCUGGCUCCAUAAUGGCUAGUAUCUUGUGCUGUCACACCAAUGAAGAAACUCAGGUGCUAUUGCAAACAAUUGCAUACAGGAAAUUCAACAUCUUUGAGGUUUCUGAUUGCGAUCAGUCUCAGAUACAGGGAAAGUUUAGAAAACUCUUGAUGUUUCUUGGACAUCUUAUCAAAUACGGGACCAUGUUUGAUAUUGAAGCGUUGCAAGAAACCAUGAUUGGGUUUUUGGGUGAAUUAACGUUUCGAGAAGCUUACAACAGAACCGGAAAAAUUUUGAACAUCACUGUUUCUCCAACGUCAAUACACGAACAGACGCGUUUGUUGAACCAUUUAACUGCACCAAAUUGCUUUGUCUGGUCUGCUGUUUGUGCCAGUUGCUCACUUCCAGGAUUCUUCCCAUCUAGUUCUGUUUACGAAAAGAAUAUCAAGACCAAUGAGAUCCACGAGUGGAAUAACGAUGAGUCAAUGAAAUAUAUGGAUGGCUCGGUUGAUAAUGAUUUGCCAAUUACAAGACUACUGGAGAUGUUCAAUGUUGAUCACAUUAUUGCAGUCCAGGUAAAUCCCCAUGUUGUGCCGGUAUUGAAAGUGUCAGUUAGCAACAUUGGUGGAGAAGUAGAAAACGACUUGAGUUAUAAACUCAAACACUUGCUCAAUAAUGCCUACGACUUUGUCUCUUGCGAGGCUAUACACUAUCUCCAGCUAUUGACUGAACUAGACGUUUACAAAAAUUUAUCUAAUAAAAUGAUUUCAAUUCUUUCACAAAAUUAUUCAGGUGAUAUCACUAUUUUACCAGAGUACAAGGUUUCUGAUUUUGUCAAAUUGUUUGAAAAUCCAGACAGCGAUUUUUUACUCGACUUUAUUUGUCGUGGAGCGAAAGCAGCAUGGCCAAAGAUUUCCAUCAUCCACAAUCAUUGCAGCAUCGAGUUUGGUUUGGACAAGGCUAUAACAACUUUACGCGGGCGUAUCAUAACCUCAGCUAAUUACACAUUGGGCAGCGCUGGGAACGAGAUCAAGAGAAGUCAGCUGUACUACAGAUCAUCCCAUUUGCUAAACAACAAUAUGACUUCGUCCCCGGUAUUGGCUACCGAUGGUCUGUACAACACGGCACCAAACACACCAAUGAAGCUCCAAAAGCGGCCAGCAGCAGUACGUCAUAACACCAGUAACUUGCCGCAACGUAGAUCAAAAGCGAGAUCGACUGCAUUUGAAAGUGCUCUCACCAAAAAGGGAGGCUCUUCCACUGCAUUGGCUCAGUUGACACAUGACUAUUUCUCCGGUGACACAACAUUAGUUGCUAAUGAUUCAGCAUCUAUACAUUUUGCCAACGACAACCAAGCAAGACAACGAAUUCGCAAGACAAGAAGUUCGGGUAAUUUCUACAAUAACAACAAUAAUGUGGAAAGAGAAGCAGUAAAAAACAACAAGGACGAAAACAAUGAGAAAGCGAACCUUCCAUCAAGAUCGCGUUCUUUGAAAAACUCGUACAUUGGAUUGAAUAGGCUUAAGGAAAAAGAUCAGAGCAAUAGUAGUAGUCAGGAUUUGAUGAAUAAACUAGAACUGGAAAGGAAGAGCAUUUUGAAAAAUGGGAGCGAAACAAGAAUGGAUUUUUAUGAUAACAGCGAUGACGAUGUUUUACUUAAAUAUGGAGAUGAGGAAGACAACUAUGAGAGGUUAGCUGGACUGAACUCAUCAAACGAGGAAGAUGAAGAUGAUAAUGGUAAUGGUGAUGAAGAUGAUGAAGAAGAUGAUUAUUACGAUGAAGAUAAUGACGCAGAAGUAGAAGAAGAAGAAGAAGAAGAAGAAGAAGAAGAAGAAGCAGAGGAAGAAGCAGAGGAAGAAGCAGAAGAAGAAGCAUUUGCAGAUAAUAUAGACACAACGAAUAAUGUUUCAGAAGAAAACCAUGAGGUUAUAAAGUCAGUUUCGAUGGAAAGAGGAGUAGAUAGUGUUGUUGACGAUAUUAAUGCUUAUUAUGGACAUGAUGGUGAGCAAUUUUAA